AUGCACCACAAUAACCAAGGGGGAAGGGAGGAAGCUAGUACAAGCUGGAGCAACCACAGCCAAGGAAUCUGGAAGUAUCUGUGGAAGCUCAAAGUUAAACAUAAAGUCAAGAUCUUCCUAUGGAAAUGCCUUAGCCAAGCCCUGCCAGUGAGACAAUUAAUAGCGAGCAGGACAAAGCAGGGGGAUCCAAUCUGCAGAGGGUGCGGUGAAGAUAGUGAAACAAUUGAACAUGUUUUAUUCCAUUGCAGCUAUGCCACACAGGUCUGGAAGUUAGCUCCCAUCCAAUGGGAUCUAACUCUGGACCAUCAAAGUUGCUUCAAGAAGUGGUGGACCACUGUGACAGAAGCCAAAGCUAGAACAGAAGGAAAUGAUCACCUAUCUUUAACAGCCAACAUCCUCUGGCACAUAUGGAAAAGCAGAAAUGCAAGAGAAUUCGAUGAUAAGCAAAGGCAGCCAUGGAAAACGGUUCAGAAAGCUCAGGAAGAGUGGUUUGAAUUUAAGGAAGCUAAUGAAAUACCAUCAACACGGAGUACAGAAGAAACAAGAACUCGGCAGUCACAAGUGCAGCUACAAGAGCAAGGCCAUAAUACAGUGACACUGAGAUUAGCAAUACAGGAGCGAAAGGUCACUUCUCAACUCGGAAUUGGGAUCAUAUGCACUGGGAAUUUUCAACAUCAGGCUCAAGGGUGGGCGCUACAUGAGAGAAGUUCCGGGAAUCAUCUCAUUGAUGAAUUACAAGCUGUCAAAUUACUGCUUAGUAAAGCUACUGUAUACCAGUUUGAGAAUAUUCAGGUGCAGUUGGACAACAAGCGAGUCUUUCAUCUAAUUCAGAAUGCUAAAACGCUGGACAUGCGCGUCACAUCACUGCUAGAGGAUAUUCUCACUUUGAAGGCCUUGUUUCGAAUGUGCUCUUUUUGUCUAGUUGAUGGAGAUAAUAAUCAUUUAACUAAUAGGAUUAGCGCUUAUGCGUUGAAUAUCAUUCAAGAUGAGGAAUUUGUGAUUCCUUAG